AUGGAGGCGUUCUUGUCUGCGUCCCUUCUGCUGCUGAUGCUGCUGCAGGGGCUGAGCAACGUCGGGGCCUAUCCUAACGGGGCACCCACGGGCGCCUGCGAGGACAUGACCCCUCGACACGGGGUGCCGGCACAACCGUCGCCCUCGCCCUACAAGCUGGUCACCAACAGCCGCGUCUUUCAGCCCGGUAAAGCCAUCACAGUGACAAUCAGUGGACCAGAGUACAGAGGUGUUUUGCUGGAGGCUCGCUCAGGAAACAGUUUCUUUGCUUUGGGAACCUGGAAGAAUCCUCCUCCUGAUACCAAGUUCCUGCAGUGCACGGAUAAUCCAUACGGCGCCAUCACGCACGCCAACACCAACGUCAAAGGCAACACGACAGUCUACAGCUGGACGCCCCCCGACAUCACGACCCCCGUCUACUUUGUGGCCACGGUUGCCCAGCAACGCACCGUCUUUUGGGUGAACGUGAGGUCCAACGUCAUGACCAGAUCUAAAGGGAAAGACGAUAUCAGCCUGGCGACGGAUGCAAGCGUGGGCUCGGCUGACGGCAAACAUAUGUUCGGCCUCCUGACUUGUUUGCUUAUGCUGCUUGUGUUGCAUUGAACGCUAACACGCUCUGUGCGG